AGCCCUCGCACCGUUUCUUUCUUGCUUCUGCAAACCCUAGUUCAGUUUCUAUCCUUCCUCUUACACUGUCCCCUCCUCAACUCGUCUCCUUCCCUCAAACCCCCUAAUCUCGAUCACUCCGGUCCCUUUAAUUCAAGUAGCAAAACACUGCAUCUCAAAACUUUGACCAUCUUAGCCUAUCGGGAUAGUGAGAGAGGAGGAGAGCAAAGCCAUGGCGGGGAAUUACGACUACGAUGAGGUACCGGUAAACUACGAGGAGUCUCGGAGGGGACCGGGGCAGGAGCUUGGUUACGACCCGAACUUUGUGCCCGACUCGGUGAAAUCAUUCGUUGUGCAUCUGUAUCGACACAUAAGGGAGAAGAACGUUUACGAGCAGUAUGACCAGGCUUGGAGUGUGUAUGGGGUGCUCAACUACUUGCAAGCACUUGUGGAGAAGUCAGUGAUAAUUCAGAUUCUGGAACAGGAAAAGGAAGGCCUCGAACAGUUCACAGCCACUGACGGCUAUGAUUAUAGUGGUGGGAGUAAUGUGUUGAAGGUGCUAGGAUAUUUCAGCAUGGUUGGUUUGCUGCGUGUUCAUUGUCUUUUGGGUGAUCAUCAUACUGGUCUGAAAUGCUUGCUGCCUAUUGACAUUAGCCAACAAGGUGUUUAUACAAGUGUUAUUGGAAGUCAUAUUACAACCAUAUAUCACUAUGGGUUUGCCAAUCUAAUGUUGCGGAGGUAUGUGGAUGCAAUUCGCGAAUUCAAUAAGAUUCUCUUGUACAUUUAUAAGACCAAGCAAUACCACCAGAAAUCUCCACAAUAUGAGCAGAUAUUGAAGAAGAAUGAGCAGAUGUAUGCAUUGCUGGCAAUUUGUCUUUCACUCUGCCCACAAGUGAAACUUGUUGAGGAGACUGUGAACUCUCAGUUGCGUGAGAAGUAUGGUGAAAAGAUGAUCAGAAUGCAAAGAUAUGAUGAUGAGGCAUUUGCGAUCUAUGAUGAGCUCUUCUCAUAUGCAUGUCCCAAAUUCAUCACACCAUCAGCACCGAGUUUCGAGGAGCCGCUUGUAAACUACAACCAGGAUGCCUAUAGACUUCAGUUGAAGUUGUUCCUUUAUGAAGUGAAGCAGCAGCAGUUAUUAUCAGGUGUUCGGACAUUCCUGAAAGUGUAUUCAACCAUAUCACUUGCAAAGCUUGCCAAUUACAUGGAAGUUGAUGAACCCACUCUAAGGACUAUCUUGAUGACAUACAAGCACAAGACCCAUGCUGUUGAUUCUGAUGGGAAGAUAAUCUCCAAUGCAGAUGUGGAUUUCUACGUUGAUGAUGACAUGAUUCAUGUUGUGGAAUCCAAACCAGUAAAACGAUAUGGUGAUUACUUCUUGCGGCAAAUUGUCAAGCUUGAGGGAGUGAUAAAUGAUAUGGACCGGAUAAAGCUGGAGUGAGAAUGGUUGUUAUUUGUUGCUUGGAUGGGAGUUGACAUGUUUUAUUUUCUUUAGUUUGUCCACAGCAAUGCUUGGAAUGAAUUUUGUUUAUUCAUUUGGCAUUUUACAGCCGUACUGUAUUAGUGGAAUAGGUAGGUCUCAAAUGUAAUAUUCACCAAUGCUAGUUUAUCAACUUAAUUUAUAAGAUUUCGAGAAGAGAUUUUAUGUUGGCACUGCA